AUGCCCAAUGGAAAAGUUUAUUAUGAAGCUGAAAGAAUCUUAGAUGAGAAAUUGAUGGGAGAUGAACUGUAUUAUUCUAUUAAAUGGAAAGGAAUUGAUGAAAGUGGAAAACCUUGGACUCCAACAUGGCCACUUAAAGAAUCGUGGGAGCAGCAAAAACGAGCCGCUAAAAGAAAGAUGAGGUCACCAACUUUACCAUCACCUGGAAAAAUACUAUCACCUAAAAAAGAAGGAAGGAAGGUGUCAAAAAUAACUGGGGGUUCCAGUAAUGAAAAUUAUUCCAACCUUUCUCAAGUCAAUUAUGGGAGUAGGUCUGAAACCCCCAUUAUGAUUGAUUCAUCAAGCAGUGAAAAUAAAGUGACACCACCUUCUUCAAUACAUUCUAAAAUAAAACUAAUGACAAAUGGUUCAAACGGUGGCAACCCUUUGGCAUGUCAGAUACCAACAAUACAUCGUUUAUCACAUAGCCAGCUGGAUGUCAUGAUUCCUGUGCCAUUAUCAGCGAUGCAACAGAAAGUAUAUCGUAAAAUUAUAUCCGCUUCUCAAUUAACUCAAUCUUUUACUCAAGCCUCGAUGCCAUUACCUCGUAAUUCUCCAAUUUUAUUAGCAAAAGAACAAUUACUUAUGGUUGUUAAUCAUCUGUCAUUGCUUUUUUCAAAUGAAUCUAAUGAAUGGAUAAAAGAUGUAAAUCAUACUGGAAAACUUGUAAUGUUGCGGCAAUUGUUAAAGCUUUUAAAGGAUAAGAAUCUUGCCAUCGGCAUUUCAAUUCCUCCAGGACUAAUGACGGAUAUUUUCAUAGACUUUUUGGAAUCCAAUGGUCAUCAAUACAAAUUUGUUAAUGAUCCUUCAAUUAUGCACGAUAUUAGUAAACAACCAGCUACAGAACUUUCUCAUAAUGGAUUGAUGUGUUUUAUAUUUUCAACAGCCUUGCAAAACAUUGAUCUUGAUUUACCUCCGCUUGACCUUAUGAUUGCAUAUGACACAACUUUCAAUACGCAAACGAAAUUUGCCCAAUCUGUAUCCAAUAUGAACAUUCCGGUUAUCAGACUUGUUACCAAAAACACUAUAGAACAUGCUAUGUGUUACCAAAUGCUAAUAGAAAAAAAGGCUCUAUCCAAUUUAACGCUCCCAGAAUUAAAAAAGACCAUAACUUAUGGAACAUGGAAAAGGAAUCAGUAUAUUGUACCAGGAUGUGAAGUGGCGCAAUUUGAUAUCAAAGGUGUAUGUGAAAAGAUUGUUAAUUGGAUGGAUGAAGGAAAGCUAAGAAUUUUAAAUUUUGGAAUGGAUGCGUCAUUAGAGAAAAAUUGGGAUAGGAGUACAGAUUUUAUUGGUGGGUUGUCUGCACAGACAGGGAUUUCUGAAAAAGUGGGGUGUAUUGAUUUAGGGACAAGUAAAAGAAAGAAGGGAAAAGAAGCAGUUUCUAAUGGGGAGGAUCCUCUAAAAUCUAAGAAAAUAAAAACUUUACCCGAUUCUGAUAAAGAUGCAGUAGAUCCAAAAAUUAAAGUUGAAGCUUCGGAAACUGAAAUUAAUAAAUUAGAAAAUUCACCGUCAACAUUUAAAUCACCGAAUCAUUUAAAUUCAGCAAUGCCCGAAUCCUCCAGGCGUGUAAAUACUCCAACUCUCGGAUCACCCAAACUUUUAAACGCAAUAUCGCAAAAAUCACCUACUUUUCGACAGCCUAGACGUUUAUUUAUAUCACCGCGUGAACCACCUAAACGAUUAAGUGAGAAAGCGACAGGAAAAUCGGUAUAUGAUCUGGUAGAGAAAUCAAAUAUUUCGGUGAGAGAUCAGAAAGAACAAAAUGAAACCACAGAAGAUUGGAAACACAAAUUCAUUGAUCUAUGUAGUAAAUCCACACAACGUGAAGAAGUUAUAAACAGUCUUCAGCAGGAAAAUAACAGAUCUAGGGAUUUAAUCAAUGAACUCAGCGCAGAACUUGCCAGCACCAGAAGGCAAUUAGGAGAACUACAAGGACAACGGCGAAAACAUCAAGAACAGCAAAAUAGUGAAAUAUCACGCGAACUAGCAAAUGCUAGAAAAGAAUUGGCGGAUUUAAAACUCGAAUUUUCUAAAAAAGAAACAGUGAUUGAAGAAAAAAUUCAAGAAAAUCAAAAUAUGAAGAAAGAGAUGGAAACAAACAAAAAUAACAUAAAAACAUUAAAAAAUAAAAUAAAUUUAUUACAAGACGAAUGUACAGCAUAUAGGAUUCACGGUCGAGCUACAUUAGCCGGUAAAACCAUUAAACGAACAGAAUCGAUGGAUGAGCAGAUAAGAACGUUGAGUGAGGAAAACGAAUCCUUAAAAAAGAAGUUUGACCUUCAAGAAGAUCUUCACAGACAACAUAUAAGGAUUAUGAAUGAAAGGAUAGAACAAUCAGAAGCUGUAAAAAAUCUUUUGAUGAAUCUUCAAGGCAAGACUGAAGCUGAUGUGAAAGUGAUGUUGGAUGAACAAGAACAAAAGCCAAAUCAACUUUCUUUUGAAAGUCAUGAUAGCACCAGCAACGUUAGUAAUGCAGCAAUGAACCAAACAACUUCAAAAAGUAGUAGCGGAAGCGUUUCCAAGUUGUCAGCACCACCUAUCAAUAUAUUUUCACCUGCAACCACUGCUAAUGCAUUUAAAAUAUUCUGA